AUGGAUAAAUCUGGAAUUGGCACAGCUUCUGGCACCACUUCUGAAAGUUCAAAUAUGAAGCUUAGCUCUGAUCAGGAGAUACAGAAUUUAAAAGCGAGGCGACGAUCUAUCAGAGGAAGGCAGUCCAUUGUUAAUAUUUCUCCGGAUGAACCCGGUUUGUGUGAGGAAUCAUCCCCCCAUUUUGACACACAAAGUUAUGAGUCCCAAAUCAUGCAACGCAUUGCCAGUAUGAAUCGUGAAGUACAAAGUCUCAAUGCCUAUGAAAAAAACCUUGAUUUACAAAUUCAGAAAUGGGAAGAAUUGAAGAUGGAAAAAGAAGCAGCUAUUUUAGAAGCAGAAAAAUUUUUGGACGCCCCUAUAGUUGUUUCGUCCAGGCGCAAUGCUUUAAUUUACGACAAAUAUGUUGGGCAGAUAACAAAGGGUCGUUCUGCUUAUGAAAUAUGUCAAGUCCUGUAUAAAAAAUUUACUAGUUGCGUGAGAACAAAGAGAGUUGACAUGGAAUUAGGAGAUUCCACGAAAUUAGAACAAGAAAUGACAAAGAUGGAUAUGCUUCGUAGGAACCGACUGAAGUUUUUGAAAAUGUUUCAAGAAAUUGGUCUGGAAAAGAAGAUUGCCGAAUUCACUGAUAUUAUAGAAGAGGAAAGGAAGUGGUUUACCAAAAACAAUUUGGGAGCCGAAUUUACAAAAAUUUGUGCAGAAAAUGAGAGGCUGGUUGUAUAA